AUGUCACUAAGUCUAUCUCGAAAAAAGCGAAGGUUUGUGGUUCGAACUCAAUCUCUGCAUCUCGACUACACCUGUCUAGAUUUGGGCAACCUGGCAGUAUCCCAGCCUUCAUACUUCCUUCUGAUGACACGGCAGCCAGAUAUCGGAAGGUCGCAUGACAAACAAAGUGUGUUCCUUUAUAUUUUCUGGAAUGUGCAUGCUGAUGAGUUGCUCAGACCGGAACAACGUCCGGAAGAAGAACAGUUAGACAGUCCAUUUGGAGUCGAUGCUGAGCGUACAGAUAAUGGAGAACGGCUUCUUCACUUGUGUGCAGAUCAUUGUCUGUUCCUGGCCAGUACGAACUUCCAAACAAAUGCACACACCCAGUUACUUGGAGACCACCUGCCACAGGACAGUUGUGGACUCAAUUGGACCAUAUGGCUGUCAGAUACUGAUGGAGAGCCUCAGUCAAUAAUUGUCGUUUCUUCUGGGGUACGCAACUUAAUUCUGAUCACGCAAUCUUGCGGGCUCGCUUAG